UUUGGUAACACGAAACGUAUCUUCCCGUCUCUCAAACUGCACACCUGAUCCGAUGGAAGCUACACGGCAUGUAAGCAGACCAAACGCCAGCUUAGUGCCUCUUCCUCGAAGCUUUCUGCUCUGAGAAGAAGAUCACGAUUCUAUCAAUUUUGUGACUCCGCCAUUUAGGUGUCUUCGCCAUGUUCGACUCUUCGCCCUUCAACCACAAUCCUUUCCGCCGUCUCCCCGUAGCCUCUGCCUUCUCUUACUCAGAUUACAUAGUCCCAGGUACCAUGCCCCACCUCUACACCCAACGUGCUCGAGAAUCGAUACACCAACAUCGUCACCGACCAAUUCAUCAUCUGUCUUCUCCUCCUCCCCACCAAUCCCGGCGCCGUCCCCAACACAAGCGCUACUCGCACUACUCAGACAUGGAAUCGAGCUUUUCGGAUCCCGACACUCCAGACGAAGCCUACCAUAGACACAUGUCCCCACCGUCUCCAAGCCCCUUCAACGCCCGUCCCCAAGGACGAAGAAGUUGGAAACAUGACGAUAACACGCUAGACAUUGCCUCGAGCUUCCGUCCCCUGUACGCCAAUGUUUCCCGACAGGUGUCCGAAAACAUUAGCAGAGACGAUAUCCUCAUCCUCCCUCCUAGCCUCACACGACUACGCGUACAGAUGAAGAGUCCGGCUUAUGUGAGCGAAACACUCCAUGCUACCGUAGCAGGAGAUAUGCUUUUCCGCGACGCUGUAAAGCAGCUUGUGCCAGAGAGAUAUCAUGGAGAGGUUAGGGCGUACGUGAAGAUGAGGGGUGAGUGGCAGGAACCAGGACGGUUUCUUGUGAGUCAAAUCAUGGAGCAAGGGCGAUUUGUAUCAAAUGAGAGGGGGGAGUUGGAAGUAAAGAUUGAGAUUGGAGGGAGAGGGGGCGGUGGUAAGAUGAGAGGGGGUGGGAGAGGGGCCAAGGUGUGGGAGAAGGAGAGGGAAAGGGGGAGGACAUGGGAGAUACGUGAUGUAUAAGCGAAGACGCUAUUUUGUUAAAAUCUGAAGGCAGGACGGUCCGAAAAUAUAACGGUACUUGAUCAAAGUGCUAAUACAUCCGAUCGCUCCACUUUACUCCGCCGCCCCAGACUGCAGGAUCCAUGUCGCGCUGCUUCGAUCCUCCGGAACGCCAAGCUCGUUCUAAAGUUCUGAAUAGUGUAUGUUAAGA